UGAAUGUAACUCUGGAUCCAUGCACAGCUGAUCCUGAAUUCCUUAAGAUGUCCGAAGAUCGAAAAAGUAUCACAGGACUUAAGGGAUGGUCCAAUAAAGGUUCUGUCCUUGGUUGUCAGAUGUUCUCAUCAGGGCGACAUUUCUGGGAUGUUAUUGUAGGUGUUACAGGAGUGUGGUGUGUAGGGGUUACCAGCAAGCUAGUGAACUUUAAAAAUGUUUAUGAGCAGACCAGGCAGUGGCAGAUUUGGGAAUGGGAAGGACAAUACACGGCCGUGUCUCCAUCAAAAUGCUUUGAACUUGUCCUGUCUGAGAGGCCCAUGAGAAUCCGCAUCUCUCUCAACUGCGAAGGGGGACGAGUGAGCUUCUUUGAUGCCAGGACCACAGCUCUGCUCCAUACAUUCUCAGACGCUUCCUUGGUUGGAGAGACCCUCCUGCCCUAUUUCUACUUGGGAGAGGGCACCUGGAUGACACUCCCCUAACAGGUUAGGUGGCCUUAUAAAUUGAAGGAGUGGAUCAAUCAAUUGAUCUAGAGAGAAAUAACCUGACCAUCAUUUACAUUUGUCUGAAUAAAAAGAAGAUGUGUCUUAGAAGCUUCAUAGGUUUUAGCAUCAUGUGUUCAGUUGUAUGAAUAUUAAAGAUAU